AUAAAACAACACACGAGAACUCAGCAUGGCUCCGGGACCAUUCUCGCAGCCCAAACGUGCUGGUUACACACCACUUUCACCCUACACCGACGAUGACAAUGCUCUAUCAAAUAACCUCAUCUGCCCUCGUUAUGCUGACUCGGACCCAACGUCAGCACCGCCCUCACCUGCCUCUAUCGAAUCUUUUGACAUACUUGACUCCGUUGCCUGGAGAAGGGGACACACAUCCUACAAAGACCUUAGGAGCCAAGUCAAGCUUUACGAUAUCUUCUGCCUGAGAUGGGGCAAGAAAAAGCCCGUGGUCAUAUUCUUCCUCGUACUGUUCCUAGUACUUGUGGCAGGCUGCUUCAUAGGAGGCUUUUUCGUUGUGAGACACAAAAUCGCAGGAACAACAGAAGCUUGUCUCAAACGAGAAGGCGGUGACAGGUGCAACGACCGCGCUUGGGCAAAUUGUGUGGCGAGGAAUGGGCUUGGGUAUUGCGAGGGCGCCCUGGAGCCUUGAUGAACCAAUAUUUCAAGGGUGAAAUUGACUGUGAAGAAACUAGGCGCAUUUUCAGAAUUGGGACGGGGGCGUUCUGGCGUGGGAUUUGCGAACACGGCAACACGCAGUCAUCCUGACAAGGAUGAUC